AUGGCAGAGGAUUAUCAAACAACUAACAAUGUUAUGGAAUCAAACUUGACUAAUAUGUUGUUGAAGGACUUGAAUGAACUCUUAAACUUGCACGGUAACAAAAUUGAAGAUUGUGAUCUCCCAUCUUUGCCCCCGAAUAAAAUAGACAUAGAUGCAAUUCCAAGUAUCAUACAGGAGGAGUUAAUGGUCAAUAUCCCCAAUGAAGAUAUUCAAUAUGUUACUAAGUUAAAUAAUGAUCAAAUGAUUGCAUUCAAAACCAUUAUGAAUGUAAUUGUUCAAAAACACAGUGGAGUAUUUUUUGUUGAUGGUCCAGGAGGAACAGUUGCAACAUUGUUACCCGGUGAUAAGACUGUACACUCUCGAUUUAAGAUACCUAUUGAUAUACAACCGAGUUCCAUUUAUGGUAUUCAAAAGAAAAAAUAUCUUGCAAAUAUCAUUAGAGUUGUUGCCUCAAUAAUUUGGGAUGAAGCACCAAUGACAAACAAAAAUUGUUUGGAAGCCUUAGAUAGAUCAUUACAAGAUAUUUGUAGCAACAAUGCUCCAUUUGGUGGAAAAGUUCUAUUCAUGGGGGGAGAUUUUCGUCAAGUUCUUCUUGUUGUAAGAAAAGGUACUAAGGCACAAAUGAUUUCAGCAUGUAUUAUUCAGUCUCAUUUAUGGAAUCAUACCAAGAUUUUGAGUUUGCGUCAAAAUAUGUGA